AUGGCGCCCAGCACCGCCGGUCCCUCGUCUUCCUCGUCUUCGCCGACAAAGCAGAAGCGGAAGCACAAGGAGAUCGACUCCAAGGCCGACUCGACAGCGUCCUCGUCCACCCCCAGCAAGCACAAGAGCAGCAGCGACAAGAAGUCCAAGGAGGACAAGAAGGCUUCGAAGAAGUCGAAAUCCGACGCAUCCUCGCCUUCCAAGAAGGCAAAGGUCGAGGCGGGCCAGGCCACGCUCCGGCUCGCCGGCGCCGCCAACAGCACGCGCUCCUCGAACGGCAUCGCUCUCGCCUCGUUCCCCGACUACCUCCCCGCCGACAGCGCCGACUUUGACCUCUACCGUGGCGAUGCGCUUCCCGGCUCCUCGUCCUCGGGCAGCGUCAAGGGCGGGCCAAAGGAUGAGAGGCUGGUGCUGGCCGGAGGCACCAACUCGAUCGAGUACCUCGGCGACAACUUCCUGAUGGGCUCCGCGUCAGACUUGCGCGGCUACUCCGGGGAGUACAUGGUGGGCGUCUACGACCCGGUCGCAUCCACCGUCACGCUGCGAGCCGCGCCGCUCUUUACCGUCUCGCGCUCCAUCAAGGCGCUCAAGAUGCUCGACCCCAUCACCUUUGACGGCGACGACAGCGUCAGCGUCUACUACCAGCAGAGGAAGGGCCUGGAGGGCACGUUCGGCAACACCAAGGCCAAGAAGGCGCGCAUCAACGCCGAGAGGAUGAAGGUCGACGUGUCGCAGGUGUUUGGCUCGGUGGACCAGGUGACCGAGGGCAUCACCCAGAGCACGGCCAACCUGCCGAGCGCGGCCGAGCUGCAGGCCAUCGACCUCAAGUCGCGGCCCAUCCCGCCGCACGAGCCCAACGCCACCAAGCCGGUCGACGUGUACCCGAUCAAGAACCUCAUCGACCCCACGGUGCUCAAGCAGGUGCCCAUCGACGCCGUGCUCGAGCUCACCUCCGAGGAAGACGUGCGCGCCUGGCUCGAGCCCAUCAAGACGAGCUGGCUCGCCACCCGCGUCUGGGCGGCGGUGCAGAACGCCCAGUUCGACUACCCGGACCCGCCGGCGGGCGCCUCGCAGGACGUCGUCGACUCGUUUACCAAGCGCCAGAACAUCGCCAUCGAGGAGACAAAGGACCGCGUGCGCAUGACCAUGUACCUCGUGUACCUGAUCUCGUUCAUGCUCCUCUUCCAGGAGGUGCGCGACCCCAGGUCGAUCAAGGAGUCGCUUGGCCUCGACCAGAGCGCACAGGGCAACCGCGUCUUCCGCGACAUUGUCGACCGCUUCACCAACUCGGCCAAGGGCAGGAGCAAGAUCUACCUGUCUGGCCUCGAGCAGACGAGGUACCUCGCCUACACUUGCGCGCUGCUGCUCCACACCGACCACUUUUCCGUCGCCUACGAGCCGGUCGCCAAGGGCCUCCAGCUGGAGCCCUACAAGCUCAUGGAGAUCUUCAAGGCCAUCGGGUGCACGCCCAGCACCAAGCCCGUGGCCAACGGCGACGUCGAGUUUGGCGAGAUCAAAAAGGUGCGGUGCGCCACGCUCUCGCUCCCACUCAAGUUUCCCGAGCCGAGGAGGAAGCGGGUGGCAAAGAAGUGA